AUGCUGGAACAAAAAGACAUUGAUAUCAAGUAUAAUCUCAGACCAUUUGAAGAUCCUCCUGUUACAAAAAUCGAUGUUCAAGCAUUGAGGUUGCAAUCGUUAGAUUUAUCACUUUUCAAAGAUGGAGACGAAUUCCUUGAACAAAGAAAGGAACUUGCAAACUUAUUAGAAAAGGGGAUAUCAACUUCAGGAUUUUUCAAUUUGGUUAAUUUUGGUAUUGAGCCAAAGCAAAUUGAACGUCUUCGUUCAAUUGCUCAAAGUAUUUUAGAACUUCCAGAAUCUGUGCAACAUAAGUAUUUAGCAGGCGCAAUCAAGAAGGAAGACGAAGAUCCUAAUGUAUCUAUUGGUGCUGAAAGAGCCCAAGGGUUCAAGCCAAAGGGAUAUUGGCCUAUCAAGGACGGUGUUCGUGACAGUAUUGUCUUUUAUAAUUUCAGAGACAUUACUAAAGAAAACACUGAGGAGGAAAUAAAACGUCAUCCUGAAAUCAUUCAAGAAUACUUUGAAGAAAUUGGAAAUUAUUAUAAAACUCUUAGAAAUGUAGUUCAACCAAAGCUCCUUAGACUAUGUGAUCUCAUAUUACAAAUUCCUGAAGGUUCAUUACAAAAAUAUUUUGAUUCUUCAGAAAAUAAUGAAGAUAGAGCAGGUAGUAGAGGAAGAUUUAUGAUGUACCAACCAUACGAAAACGAGAAUCUUGCUAAGCAGGCAGAUAGUACAUUUUUAAGAGGACAUUCAGACCUUGGUGGGUUUACAUAUAUUACUUCGCAGCCAGUGUUAUCGCUUCAAAUUAAGGAUUAUUUUACCGGUGACUGGAAAUAUGUUGAUCAUGUACCAGGAUCCUUAAUUGUAAACGUCGGGGAUGCCUUGGAAUUUAUCUCAGGGGGGUUAUUCAAGGCCUGUAUUCACCGGGUAGUUCAACCUCCAUUGGAUCAAAGAAACUCCAAUAGAUUGGUGCUCAUUUAUUUUUGCAGUCCAAAUGAAAACAGUCCAUUAUAUCCACAUGAUUUGAAUUCCCCAAGACUUAAAGAGCUUGGAUUAACCAAGGAAGAUAAAUUAAAAGAUUGGGAAGAUAUUCAGUUCAAACAUUGGAAUGAUAUCAAGGGUAAAGUCUUAGGAAGAAGAGAUGCAGGUACAAAGAAUUUGUUGAAAUUCCAUGGAAGAUCAAUUGAAAGAUGGCAUCACAUAGCAAAUGAUUCUGCAAAAUCUACAACCUCAGUUUAA